AUGGCUCUAGAAGACACCAUCCCUCCACACAUCGGAAACCCCUCGUUCCUAGUUUUGCUGAACUUUACAAAUAAUAGUUUCCAUGGCCUUAUCCCUAAAGAACUUGCACAUUUGCAGAGACUUAAAUCCAUCAGUUUAGGAUAUAACUUCUUUAGUGGAAACCUUCCAACGGAUAUGUGCUAUCAUCUUCCAAAACUCAACAAGCUUGAUCUUGAUAGUAACUUGCUUGGAACGGGAAGUUUUUGUUCUGUUUACAAAGGGACAUUUACGGAUGGGACUAUUUUGGCGAUCAAGGUAUUCAAUUUGCAACAAGAAGGUGCAUCCAGGAGUUUCGAUACGGAAUAUAAAAUGUUGCGCAACAUUCGUCACAGAAAUCUCACCAAAGUUAUCAGGAGUUGCUCCAACCUAAAUUUCAGAGCAUUCGUACUCCAAUACAUGCUUAAUGGGAGUCACUAUUUCUUAACUAUCUUGCAGAGAUUAGACAUAAUGAUAGAUGUGGCAUGUACACUUGACUAUCUCCACCAUUGUUAUUCAAUACCAAUGGUUCAUUGUGAUUUGAAGCCCAACAAUAUCCUUCUAGAUGAAGAUAUGGUUGCACAUCUUUGUGAUUUUGGCAUUUCAAAGUUCUUGGGUGAGGGGGAGAAGCUCGGAUUGGAAGGAUUAGUUUCCACAAGGUCCGAUGUCUACAGUUAUGGGGUUAUCUUAAUGGAAACAUUUACAAGAACAAAGCCCACUGAUGAAAUAUUUGUUGGAGGCUUGAGCUUGAAGCUAUGGGUAAGUGAGUCCCUACCUAAUCCAAUAAUUGAAGUUAUAGAUGCCAACUUGCUCAGGCCAAAGGACGGACAACUCAGUGCAAAGGUGCAAUGUGUAUCAUCCAUCAUGCAAUUGGCUCUGAAUUGCCGUGCAGAAUCACCACAGGAUAGAUUAAACAUGGAAGAAGCCAUGGCAACACCAAAGAAGAUUAGACAUCAGUUUCUUGCAAGCCAUGAAGGUCCUGUGAUUCCAUAG